AGGCGACUUGCUACUGCCUCUUUAAGGAAAAAGGGAAACAUUUUAACAAACAAUUAUAGAUAGAUGGCUAAGUAGACAACUUCAAUGUGGAUUUACCGGAAUUUUGCACGAACAUUUACCGUGAAUGUGGAGAUAAAUGGCGCUUACUUCUGUGGAAUAAGGGGAUAUAUGAUAGAGCACGAGAGGGUGACUGGUUAGCAUAGUUCUCGCUAGCUAAACAUGGUGGCCAGUGAGCGAAAAGGGAUCUAAAAUAUUUAAGAAAAGCUUCUUGUUGGAUGGUGAGACAACCUUGGUGAGUGAGAGUAACCUUUCUACUCGUACUCCAAACCUUGGCUGGAUUUGCAGGUUUCAAAUACACUUUUCGGUUCAUCUGAAUAUCCAGUAAGGAGUCGAGCUGUCCCGACACAAUCCUUGGACAACCCGCUUGAAAAGUUAUAAUGAAGUUUGUUUCAUGUUCUACAAUGUAUUGUACAUAGACGAACAAAUAAGCAUUGAACAACGAUGAUUUCAAAUGCGCGUUUGGGAUUUAUCUCGUGGAACAUCACUCUCUCUCAAUUCCAAUGUGAGCAUGGUUGUAAUAUUGUUAGCCUACUGCUGAGUUAAACGGCUACAAAAUAACUAGUAUUCUGUAAAGACAUCAUUUAAGCAUCAGUGCUGGUAACAUUGUUUCAUUUAGGAAAUUGUAUCAUAUUGCUUCGUUGUGAAAACACCCACUAUUUGGCAAACCUUUUCUACUCGUACUCUGGGAACAUUCACGGCGAGACGUUAUGGACUAUAACGUAAUCCAACACACACACAGGCCAGAAUUUGUGAAUUGAUGGAAACGAGUGAUGGUUUUAACAUUUGGGAUUUUACGAUACUUCAUACAACAAAACGUGGAUUACCUUCGAUAGAAUUUAGAGGACUUGCAGAGAAUAUUACAUGGAGACUCGUCUGACAUGCCAAGGAAGGAGUUACCACUACCAGAGGGUUGGGAAGAAUCCCGGGAUUUUGACGGGAAAGUCUACUACAUCGACCACAUCAACCACGCAACCAGUUGGAUUGAUCCAAGAGACAGGCAGACUAAACCUCUGACAUUUGCUGACUGCAUUGGCGAUGAGCUGCCAGUGGGUUGGGAGGAGGCCUACGACCCCAAUGUCGGGGCCUACUAUGUGGACCAUAACACAAAGAGCACUCAGCUGGAGGACCCGCGGGCCCAGUGGCAGCGGGAGCAGGAGGUCAUGCUGCGGGAGUACCUGGACGUGGCCAAGGACUCGCUGAGCGCCCAGAAAGAGAUCUACCAGGUGAAGGAGCAGCGGCUUCGCCUGGCCCAGCAGGAGUACCGCCAGCUCAACGACGCCUGGAGGGACAAGUCCACCUCUCAGACCAGCUUGAAUUCCAGAUCGUCCUCCAGCAGUAAAUAUGACCCAGAAAUCCUCAAAGCCGAGAUAGUAACUUCCAAAAGUAGGGUGAAUAAGCUGAAGAGGGACCUCGCCUGCAUGAAACAAGAAUUGCAGCAUAAAGAGCAGGGCUUUGAAACGCUGAAAGAGAUCGAUCACAAGGUGUCCAGUGCGCCGUACGGCUUCAAGCUCCAUGAGGCGCAGGCCAUUCUGAACGAAGUCAAGUCUAUCAAGGACGCCAUCAGCUCCGGGGAGAAGGAGAAACAGGAGCUCAUGCAGAAACUAGCAGUGCUUAAGGAUGGCUUCCAGCUGGACUCAGUGGAUUCUCAGUCUGACCUGUGGGGCAGCAGCCCCUCCCUGGCCAACUCUGAGCUGUCCAUCCCUCGACUCUACUCCGAAACCAGCUCCCAGACAGACAUACCUGCUGAGUUUGGGACCAACACCAACAAGUUGGCAGAGAAGGUUCGACUAAGCCUGAAGUAUGAAGAAGCAAAAAGAAGGAUUGCCACCAUCGAGGUGCAGAUAGCCAAACUGGACAGUGAGGCUUGGCCGGGGCUGCUAGACCCGGAGCGUGACCGCCUCAUCCUCAUCAAUGAGAAGGAGGAGCUUCUGAAGGAACUGCAGUACAUCAAGCCCUGCAAGAGAGCGCCCAAUGAACAGGAGAAGAUUGAGACUGAGAAGAAGAUGCUUGAGAGAGACCUGCAGGCUGCCAGGGACAACCAGAGCAAGGCCCUGACUGAGAGAUUGAGAUUGCACUGUAAGAGAAACAAGCUGGUGAGAGAGCUGGAGGAGAUGGUUCGCCUGGCCUCAUCACUACACACUCAGCUCAAGAGUCUGUCGGCCAGCACACUGUCGUGUUCGUCAGGCAGCAGCCGUGGCUCGUUGACCUCCAGCCGGGGCUCUUUGGCUACCACAUCCUCCCUGGGCUCCACCUCCUCCCUGAGCUUUACCGACAUCUACCUGGAGCAACCCGAGCUGGGAGACCCCGACUUCCAGAACAAACUGGAAACCCUACUGCAGGAGGGCGGCCCGGUGGUCAGCUUCCGGCCCUCCAGCUCCAUCACCACCAUCCACGAGCACGAGGUGGUCCCUGUAGUAGAUGCCGGGACUGGGGCUGUUGUCGGCGGGGGAGCGGAGGCCGGCACCAGGCUACAAGCGCUGAGACUAUCGGAGACGCCAAGGUCCAUGAGCUCGCUGUCGCCGAGGUCUUCGCUGUCGUCGCUCUCGCCACCCUGCUCGCCCCUGGUCAUGGACUCCACAUUCCUCUCAGGGGAGGGGUUUGCAGUGUUGGGGGGCCCGGGGGAGCUGGAUGUGGAGCUGCAUUGCAGGCUGACAGAGCUGGGGCUGGACAGGGAGGAGCAGCAGCGAGGUGGAGGGGUGGAGAUGGACACUAAGCAGGCCAUGGCUGGAGAGGUGCUUAAAGAUGCCGUAGCGCAGGUCCGAGGGACGGUGGGUGCUGGGUCGAAGAAGAUGGGUGUGACGUCAGCAGUGUCUGAUGAGUCGAUGGCGGGUGACAGCGGGGUGUAUGAGCCCUCUGACAGGCCUGUCCCCCCAGCAGAGCUGCUGCUGGGCUAUGAGGAGAGGGGAGGUCCUCUAGGCUGUGCCCAGGUCAGACUGGGCCUGAAGUACGAGGUGAAAGACAAGCGUUUCACCGUGUUAGUCAUGCAGCUCUCCAACUGCAGUGCCCUCACCCUGCUGCCCAACCACAAAAUGUACAUCCGUGUGGCUGUCCUCCCCUGCUCUGAGACCACCCGCUGUCUUUUCCGGACGCGUGGCUCUCUCCCCCAGGACGCCGUGGAGGUCAACGAAGUCUUCGGCAUCCAGAUGGCCCACAAUGUUCUGCGGCAGAAGACCCUGAGGGUGGACGUGUGCCACACAAGCCUAUCUGGCCGCGAGGAGUGUCUGGCUGGUGCUCAGAUAAGCCUGGCUGAUGUCAACACCUCUGGGGAGAGAUGUGUCAAGUGCUACAACCUCCUGAGCUACUCCUUCAUGCCCCAAAUCAAUAGCAAGGACAAAGAGACCGGGACGGCUACACAGUCUGAAAGGAGCUCUGUCACCACCACAGAGAGAGUAGCAGGCAGUCUGGAGGGUGCACCAGAGGAGGAUGAAUGGCACAGUGAAGUGCUGGAAGGAGACGUAUUUGAAGAUGAGGGAGACAACCGUGUAGAGGGGCCUGAAGAGGAGGAGUUGUAUCCCGAGAGCAGUCAAUGGGAGGGAGAGAAGGUGGCGGCCAAACCUACUCAAACAGGAACUAUGACUGAGAGAGUGAACAAGGAGACCAGUACCAGCCUUAACCACCACCAUGCAGCCUCCUCGGUGGUCCGGCCCAAGGAGCAUCGACUCCGUGAUGUUCCCCAGCAGAACCCCUUUAUCCGGGGAAACACCAUAAUCCGCUCCAAGACCUUCUCCCCUGGGCCCCAGAGCCAGUACAUCUGCCGGAUUAACCGCAGUGACAGCGACAGCUCCACUCUGUCUAAGAAGUCUCCAUUCGUCAGGAACGCAUCGGAGAGACGCAGCAUGCGCAUGAAAAAGCCCCCGGUGCCGGUGCGGGGCCUGGACGGGCUGCUGCGGACCAGUCUGGACCUGGAGCUGGACCUGCAGGUUUCCAGGACUCGUCACACGCGGCUGUCCCAGGAGCUUCGAGUCCUCAGGGAGCUGAAGGAGCAGCUGGAGAGAGCCCGGCAGCAGGGCACCAGAGACCUCCCCACCUGGGUGCAGGACGACGAGCGCUUCCGUCUGCUGCUCAGACAGGCUGAGAAACAGACCCAUGAGGAGCAGCUGCAGGAGCAGAGGGUGGAGAAGAUGAUGCGCGCUGCGGCCAAGGACGUCCACAAGAUCCGAGGCCAGAGCAGGAAAGAGGUGCCAGAGGUCCAGUCCUUCAGAGAGAAGAUGGCCUUCUUCACUCGUGCAAAGAUCAACAUCCCCGAUCUACCUGCCGACGACGUGUAGCGCAUUUCAAGUAUUCUACAGUCUUAACUGCUGUUUCCAAGGAGAUGACUCUGACACAGACUUCUGGUGGUAUAAUGAAGAAUGGAGAAUAAUAAUGUAUAGGAAAAAACGUCACAUUUUUAGAACUUUAUUUUUUAUUUUUAUCUCAGUUGCUCAUCUGUAUAAUUUGUUAUUAGCACCUAGCAACAUGCAUUUUUUUAUUUUCUCCACUCUGUAGCAUUAUUUUACUGUUACUAAUAAGUGGAUAUUGGUAGCUACCUUUACAUGUUUUACGGUAAAAUCGUCAUUCCAAUACCACACCGGUGCUUUCUGUGUGAAAUAUGAAAACAUAGAGACGACAAAUGCUGUUAUUUUCAUUAGCCAGGACCAUUUACUCGCUGUAAUCUAAGAUGUGAAUAUAGACCCCCAGAGGUACUUUACUUCAACAUGAUUUAUAGCACAACACAUCUACAAAAUCAACAUUCUGAUUGAAUGAUGGUGUACUGUGACUGAAUGAGUGGUUGGUUGUACAGUAUACCGUAACCUGCUGUCUGUCCUUAGUGGCAUUGUGUUCUCUUAUUACUGCACACUGUCUACUGUGUAUGUGUUACCAGUCAGGCCAUCUAUACUGUACAUGGCUCUUGUAGUGACUGUCACUGGUGCACACACUAUCUCUCAGCAUUGUGUAAGAACUGCACUAACUCUCUCUAAUACUCAGGUAGUUUAUCGGAUAGUUUGUGCACUUUUAAAAUAGGAAUCUAAAAAAGAGUGAAGGGGUUGAAGAAGUGGGAGGAGUGCUCUUCUCUGGGCAGGAUUGAUUGUUGAAUUACCGUUUAACGAAGCACAUUAUGAUUGUGAAACAAAAGUGCAUUUUAUGAAGGUCAUUAAUUUGCAUUUGAUGAAGAUCAUUGCUGACGAUAAACUCCACAUUUAUUGUAUGAGUCAAAACCCAAGUGAAGUGAUCCAAAAAUCAUGGAACAACUGACAACUCCCAAGUAUACAAAUGCAACAACAGGGCGCUGAGAUGGGUGAGCCCUGGGAGGGCAUAGGCCUACCCACUUGGGAGCCAGGCCCAGCCAAUCAGAAUGAGUUUUUUCCCCCCACAAAAGGGGUUUAUUACAGACUGAAA